GAAGAAAUACAUGAUGAUUCCCAAGGAUUCCAACUUCUCGCUUGUUUCGAGCUGUGAUUCUAUAUUUCAAGAAAUGUCAUCUGACACAGGAAAUUCUGAGUUAUCACCCUUUUCUCCUCGGCCAUCCUCAUCACCAAGGCCAUGCAGCUCUCCAGCUCUGACUGAAGGAUCUCAAGUUGUACGAUCAGGCCCUUCAUCAGCACCAGGUGCUGUCGAAUUUCCAAGGAGUGGCACUCAGGUUGGGAAAGAUUCUACAGGAAUGUUUGGAAAGCGUGGCACAGCUAAACGUAAAGCAGCUGAUACUCUAGAUGAGGCACUGCGUGUUGUUAAGGAGAUGGCAAAGGAGCCAGAGCCAGCCGCUGCACCACCUGACAGUGUUGAUACCUUUUUGUCUUUUGUGGGAAGUCGGCUGAGAGCAAUGGAUUCUGGAGUGCGCAAGCAGUGUGAGGACCAAAUACUGUCAAUGUUGGUGUCAGUCUCUUAGAAAUAAUGCUAAGGUUUUUAUUUCUAUUUUUUACUUUCAUUAAGCUCUCUUACUUAACAGUAUUUUCCUAAGUAUUAUUAUUUCUUACUCUCCUUGCAGCAUAUUUUCUUGCUGUGGUUUGCUGUUUUAGUUUUAAAAUUAAAACAAUGCCAAAUAUGUCUCUUACAUUAUCUAGUUAUGUUUUUCUUAGUCAGUGUUAAAAUUUGCCAAAAAGUAACCAAUGGUGCCAAAAAGUUUAUGCU